AUGAGCUUGUAUACAGCAUCUGAUGAGAAGGGCUCUUUUAUCAUUGAUGCAGGGAUCUCGUACAUCAAUGGAGAUCCUUUGGGAAGUAAUGCUGCUACCGCGGAGCAUGGAUCGGAACAUCUGAAGAUUGAGAUCUCUGUUGAGGGAAGCCAAUGGAGCGUACAUAACACGGUGUCUAUCGGCUCAUCAUCUACAGAAGUGGACUUUUCCCUGCUAGAUCUACCCCCACGCUUCGAGGCAUAUAAUGUCACACUUCAAGCGACCCUUCCGGGCAGUCAUCAAUCAUACACCGCGACAGCAUCACUAUACCACCUACCCACCCGAACAGACGGGGGUAGCGUCACAAAAGUGGAUAGUCUCUACGGUGGACUCUCCGUGCAAUCCCAAACCGACUCAUCGACCUGGACCCCACUUCUUCCAUACUCAUACUAUGUGAGCUGGGACGGUUGGCUCGAGAAAUCGCUAGAAAAUGUUCAAAAGUUCAAAGACGAUGGCUACAAUAUUAUCCACAUCGUCCCGAAUGCAGGCCUCGCCAACGAAGCAUUCAACUUCACGGAGCUGGGUCUCUUCCUGGAUAAAAUGGACGAAGUCGGCCUAUGGCUCAUGUACGACAUGCGCUGGACAUAUAAGAACCUGACAUCCGUGCGUGAGCAGGUAAAUCUGCUCAAGGACCAUAAAAGCACGUUACUGUGGUAUACAGGCGACGAACCAGAUGGACAAGGCGAUCCACUAAACGCCACACGACUUACCUACGAAUUAAUCAAGUCAAUCGAUCCCUACCACCCCGUCUCAUUGUGUUUGAACUGCUACAACUUCUAUUUCGAGGAAUACUCGUCCGGGGCGGAUAUCAUUCUUUCGGACGUUUAUCCUAUCGCUGUGAAUACGAGCUGGUCGACUGUCUAUGAGACACCAUGCAAUACCACAUACGGAUGUUGCGGGUGCGAUGACUGCGAGGGUAGCGUGGAGGACAUCUCGGUGAGGCUGGAUAAGUUUGCCGAGUACCAGACCUGGCUUGGGGAGAGUCCGAAGCCAUUCUGGGGUGUUCCGAUGGCGUUUGGGAACGAGACUUUUUGGACGCGGUACCCGACUGCGGCGGAGGAGGUGACGAUGACCAUGCUUAGCUUGAAUCAUAAUGCGAAGGGGAUAGUGAUGUGGGAUUGGCCGACUAGUGUGGAGUUGGCGAAUGUGACGAGUGCCCUCAGUCGGGUUCUGGUGGGGGAUGAAGUGACGGGUUUUUUGCUCGGGGCUCCGACGAUUUCGCUGGCUGCUAAGGGGCAUUCAAAGAUGGAUGUUGCGGGAUGGCGGCUUGGGGAUCAUAUGUUGGUCAGUAUUUUGUCAUUGCAGACUCCGUCGUGGUCGUCGGAUGUCAUUGUAGAGCUACCAGGCGAGAUUGACUCAAUUACACAAGUCCUCUGGGGAUCUGGGGAAUGGAAAAUGGUUGAUGGGCACUUGAUAAAGGAGGGUGGACGUGAGCUAGAAACUGAUUUGCUGGUUGUUAAGCUUGCCUCUUGA